CUCCCAAAGGGAGUGUGUGCAUUUCCUCCCGUUCUUUAUCAGAGCCUCCGAAAUAAGUAGGAAUGGGCAGUAGCUGUUCACAUCCAGCACACCUUUUCCAUUUGCUAAGGCACUGCCAGGCUGGGAGGGUGUUGUCCCUGCCUGACUCUGGAGAGAGGAGCCGCUGUGACCAUCCUCGGGCACUAUGAAGCUGCUUCAAGGCACCAUCUUUUGUCUUCUUCUGUCCAGUAUUUCUAGCGCUGAGCAAGACCCAGAAACCCCAUCUGCAAACACUUCACUAUCAACAACGUCUAAUGUAACUACCAUUUCACCAACAAUAAAUACCGCGACAUCACCAAAUGAUGAGAAAUCAACUGUUGAAAUAUCUACUGAAGGAACUAGCACCAAAAACAUCACGGAGACCAAGUUGAGUACUACAGAAGCAACAGUGAUGAGUCAAUCACUUUCAAGUGCUGUUUCCACAUCACAAAGCUCUGACUCCAAGACUGAGACUCAGAGUUCAAUCAAAGCAACAGAAACACCAGUUAACACUUCACCACCAGAAGCAUCAUCUUUCAGAACCAUUACAUUAUCCUCAAUGUCAGUUACAACUCCAAAAAACAUCUCCCCGUCUCAAGGCCUUGAGAAUGCAAAAAAUGCAAGCGCUUCUACAACCAGCCCCUCUUAUUCCAGUUUUAUUUUGCCGAUGGUUAUUGCUUUGAUUGUAAUAACACUUUCAGUCUUCGUUCUGGUGGGUUUGUAUCGAAUGUGCUGGAAGACAGACCCAGGCACACAGGAAAAUGGAAAUGAACAACCUCAGUCCGAUAAAGAGAGUGUGAAGCUUCUCACUGUUAAGACAAUUUCUCAUGAGUCUGGGGAACACUCUGCACAAGGAAAAACCAAGAACUGACAGCUUGAUGAAUCCUCUCCACACCUGGGCAAUAAAUAUGCUUACUCUUCAGCUUCAAUGCUCCAUGGGGAGAAAGCCCUGUGGAAUCAAUCCUGACUUCCAAUCCUGCUUGCCAGUCACCUGUCCCAAUGAAGUGAUAUCCAGAUGACAUGCGGUAGUAAUCUAACAGAAUCAGAAAGAAUCAUGCUGCUCCCCUGUCCUUUAGGAUGUGAAGAAACACAUUACCGCAUUUCAUAGGAAUACCAUAUUCCUAGGAGAGUGGAUUUUAGGAGGGGCAUCUGUGAGCAGUUAACCUGACAGACCAGCACGUGGUUUCACUGAUGAACUCUGUCCCUUGAGUUUAAAGUUUUCAGAACCAACAGUUUUCAUCCACGGAGACUUUUCUACUUUUUCAUUGGUCUUAUAUUACCUAACGUUUAUAUUUAUUGUUUUCCACUAUGUUAACACAGGGAAAAUUUGCAAGUGUAUUAUUAAAUAUUGGGUCAAAAUCCUGCCUUGCCACUUUGUACAUAAAGAUAUUUUAUUCGUACUUUCAUGUGUUGCUGUUAACAAAUAAUUACUGCACUCACCACACUAAAAA